GUUUCUAAACAAUUAGCAAAAUGGUGUUUUAACAUAGUUUUAGAUGGAGUUCAGCAUGUGUUGUGGUGAAUGUGGUGAGAGACAGAGAAGGGGAAGGAAAGCUUCAACACUAGCUUCACACAUGUACUCAGUACGGAAGAGAACGAGAAUAACGCAAGUUUAAAAUGCAAUGUUUUUAGGAUUUAAGUGAGAGAACUUUCUAAUUUUAUGCGGCCCUAAAUUUUCACCAUGAGGAUCUUCCUGGUCUUCUUUGCUUGCAUGAUCAGAGCUGUUGUAGGUUCGUCAUCUACAAUAUCUGGAUUCAGAGGAAAGAGAGUUGACAUCAGAUGUCCCUAUCAAGCUGGAUAUGAAACAAAUUCAAAGUAUUUAUGCAGAGGAGAGUGUACAUUUAUAAAUAAAAACAUCAUAAUUGAAUCAGGAUCUCCAGCUAAAGACGAGAGAUUCUCUCUGACUGAUGACAGAAGAGCCAGAGUUUUCAACGUCACCAUCACUGAUCUGAGAACAGAGGAUGAAGCCAAAUACUGGUGUGCAGUGAGGAGGACUGGACUAAUACCUGAUGUCUAUUCAGAGAUUGUGUUGCGUGUUAAACAUUCUGUCACCCCCUUUCCAUACACUUAUUUGAGUUCAUCAGAAGUGAAUCUACAAGCCAACACCUCAGCAGAUUCAUUUUUGAUCAUCAUCACUGCUGUGGUUUUGGCUGUGGUCUUGAUUGGUCUUUCUUUGGUUAUAGUGUUUGUACGGAAGAAAAAGCAGACUGAUACACAAUCACACAUCUCCUCCUCCACUGAACGGAUUCAUCCGGCAUUUAGAAAAGGAGAAUUGAUGGAAUAUGAGAACGUGACCCCCAAAGUCCUUCCAGAUUCACCCACAGCUGAUAAUGCUAAAGCUUCUGCUACAGUGGAGUUUCAGAGACCAUCAAACACAGAACCAGGAAACAUGGCCGAUCCUAAUAGAGAUUCCAACUACAUAAAUGUUGCCCCGGGAACAACAGAUCAAGAAAUGGACGCCUGUAGAAGCAGUCAUGUGUAUCAGUGUCUUAAUAUAGAUCCUAGUCAACAGUCUGUCUAUCACAUUAUUAACCGAACUGCACACUGACCACACAAUCCUUAUAAACAACUACUCAAAAUCCAUAAUUGCCCUUCAGACUCAACAUAAAAUAGGGGAGACUGGGGCAUGUUGUCACAUGGGGAAGUCAAAAUCUGGACUCAAAUGUACAGUUGCACAAAUAUGAGGUUUUGCAUGUUUAUUUCAGGUUUGAGUUCUGUCGGUGUUUAUAUUGCGAAAAUGUCCAUCUGACUUGUCAUUA